AUGGCUGCGCUUGCAGAUUUCGGUGGGAAGAUGGAUCGAGGGCUGGGGAGACGGGCAACAGCAGAUGUUCUCUGGGAUCAAAUCCGCAAGCUUCGUGACUGCGCGCCUAUGGAGGGCGAGUUCUAUCCAGACGAGGAGCCGGCGAAGGCUCUCGCUGCCAUCAGCGUGGCCCUCAAGCCCUGGAGUUCUGCGUCCAGAGAAACCCUGCUGAGCAUGUACGCGAAGAUUGCGGACGGAAAGCGGCUGGAUGACUUAAUUUCGCUUUUCCUGGGCAGCCAGGAGCACCCUGCGUUAAGGGAUUUAUUUAGGGAGAUGGGGAACCCACCAGGGGUUGGUUGUUCGUUCUUCGGGAGUGGGCGUACUUGUUCCUUGGAAGACGGGGGGCGAUAGGGUUCCGGGAUUUCUUAAGUCCCCACCAAAAGAGAGAUGCCCGGAUCCCUCCACCCUUGGGGAAGGGCCCAUGGAACCCAAACGCGCCCUUUGGGGGGACUGUUUGGGGGAAACAACCGCGUUUCAACUUUCAAAAAAAAAUACCCCCCCGGGGGGGGGGGGGGGGUGGGGGGGGCGUGGCUCACGUGGUUGGGUGAAGCGUACCUCAUCUGUUGUUGUUCUCUUGUUGUUCAAAUCGGUUAUAUGGCGCGUUCGUUGUCGCGAGGAGGUUGGCUCUUGGAUGCAUUGUCGCGCAGGUUUUCGUUGGAUUGUAAGUGUUUUGAGGGGGCGGGCGGGGCGGCGACGACUCUUAACACGGGCCGUCUCGGUAGGCGAUCCCCUACCAGCUUUUUCUCGGAUGUGUCCCCGAAGGAUUUGGAUAACAAUUAUUGCGACAACGCUCAGCAGUUCUUUUGUAGAGAUGGCUAAGGCAAAUGUCUUGAGGUGUUGGAUUUUGUCGCAUCUCGGCUAUGCGCGUGAGGCUCGAUGGUGACAUGUGUCGGAAGAAUAAGAAUCGCUUUGCGUCUCGCUGCGCCUCUUUCAAUUUACCUCUUUUGCGUG